AUGUGGAGAUCCAUCCCGUCACCGGUUGUCGAGCGACGUGCAGAGACGAACCACGUCACGACGGUGCCGACGCAAUGUUCCAUCCGACCUUCCAUCCAGCGGAAUCCGCAAACCCUGUGCACACGGCACAGCGCACAGGGCCCCCUCACCUGGUUUAGCCCGCCGGUCGAGACGGUUGCCCGGGGUGUGGCCGUUGAGCAGAGCCCAGCUACGUGGAGCCACAGGUGAGAGUUGAGUGCCAGCAAGUGGACGCUAGGCGCAGUCUCACCUGCAAGCAAGUGAGCGACCACCACGACCAUUACGUGAACCCACCGCUGACACCCCUACACCCCGAUAGGGACAGUAGCGCAACAGACAUUGCGGCGUUAGUUUGUGUAGGGUACGCAAAGCGGAUAGCAACCGGAGCAUAACCAUGAAAUAUUCGCCGAAAACCACCAAGUCACCAUCAUCACGCAACAAGGACAGGUCGCUGCUUAGUAGUUUAUGAAAUUUGGGAGGCAAAUUCAGACACUCCAAAGAAGCACGUUAUAUUAAUCCUCGACAUAUUCCGAGGUCUUAUGUACUCGAUGAUCAAAACCAACCAUAAGUUCUCAGUAUUAAACGCAUUCAGCCUCGGGAAGAAAACUGCUAAACUCUCUAAUCCAAAGCAUCCUAGGCUAUUCAAAAUGGUUUUGAGGUGCAAAAAACGUUUAAUAUUAUCCUCUUAAGACGUGUUCCUCAAAAUAUUCCCACCAAGGAUAUUUGCUGCUAGAUUGGGCACCGGGGCAGCGGCUGAAAUUUCAGCAGUUAGUCUCGGAGCUCAGAACGGGAGUAACAACAGCCGGAUGAUAGAGCGGUCGUUUAGGCUCAUGCUGUGAGUCUGUUGUCCCAGCUGAUGCAGGUGACAAAGUGGCAUAGCUGGUUUACAAUAUGAGACGAGCUAAAACAUCUGUAUACAAAUGCGCAAGGUCUGCUCUCUAAACUAGAUGUCCAUAAGCUUUACCUAUGCUGUUUUAUGCCAGAUGUCAUAUCCAUAACUACAACGAGGCUGUCGACGAACGUGGCGGAGUCACUCUACCCGGUGUUCCGUUAUUCAGAAAGCAUAAAGCGUGAGGUCAGGUCUGUGUGUGAUCACUUAGGCAGGCAUGACCUGCAUGUGUUGAAAAAAUGGGGAAAGCACGGAAGCACAAAUUGGAUCACCAGCAGGACGCCGCACUCACAAGCUCUCGAUAUUAUGACGGUUUUCCAACGAUAAAAGAAUAAGAUGUGUUUUCUAUUUCAUAUCCAAAGUCAUGAUUAUGUGCGAAUUCAGUCCUCAACAAAUCGACCAAAAUGUUAUUGCUGCCUCAGGAUCUAAGCAAAACAUAGAUCGGAGCCUCCUGAAAGCAGUACAGAAAUCAUAUUUCACUUAACACUUCUUAUCUCCGACGGGACUACGGGAAGGGCAACAGACCAUAUUUUUGGACCUUGUGCCGACAAAAAUACAUGACACAGCCUAUGACAUAAAGUGCCUACUUCCUUUCGACAAACGUUACCACGUAGUCCUAUUGCGAGACUAUUCACUCAUAUCUGUACCCGUUCGAAAUUUCACGGUCAGAUACAAAAUAUGGCGUGAAGGCUCCUACUAAAAAAAUCGACAAGUGUCGUGUAGACUUGAAUGCUAGAUUCACCGGGUGUGUUAUCAAAAACUAUUUGGGAUCAAGGGCUUUUUACGUGGUCUAAUCACCAGAUACUACACUAAAUUUUAAGAUAGGAUGUCUUGCUACACGGCUAGCUGAAGGGUUCAUUAAAGAGUGAAGUAAAACGCAAGCGAAAGCCGUGGAAAACGUAUCUCAGGGAGAAGACAAUCGAGUUAAUAAAUGAGUACAAGAUGCAGGGAAUUAAGCAAGGAAUUCUGUUUACAAAGACUACCAAGCCUUCAAAAAGUAACCUGCUAAACGGCGUAACAAAAAUCCCAAUGCUUCCCUACAGCUAGAUAACCUAAUAUGCAAGAAGUCGGGCACCCAUACCUUUGUUAAACACGGAUGAUGUAUUUUUUUAAUUUUGCAAGUACAACCAGCAGACUGAGCACAUACCUAAGUACUGUUCUUCAUUUUUUCGAACGAAUUCGCCUUAAAAUCUGAUAAAUAUAGCGUGAAUGAGGUCCCGAAGAGUGACUUACUGGUUCACGCAAGAGCUAUUUUUUCCGCACGUGGCACUGAAGCUGAACGGACUGACGCCGAUAGGUCCUGAUGGAAUACCAGUCAGGCUGUUGGAUUAAUUAGCCGUGAAAUCCGUGGAACCCUUAUCUCUCAUGUUUCACGCCCCUCUUCCGAAGCAGGCAGAUUUGCACUUCGGUGACUGGGUUGGAGUUCAUCGAUAUAUAAAAGCGCAGCAGUGCGUACGCAAAAAACUACCGGCCGGUAAGCCACUACUUCAGAUGUUGCAACAUUAUGGAGCGAAUUGCAAAAUAAAUGCAGUUUUUGAGCGAAACAUGACUUCUGCAGAGAAGGUCCUGCUUGUCCAAUUUAUUCUAACGUCUCGAAUUGUGGAAUUGAGCAAAUGAUGUAGGAAAUUUGGUGUGCAUAGCCUACAUACAAUUCAAAAACACCUUUGAUACUGUGGCUCACUAAAGUUUUCAUUGUAACCUCAGCAUUAUAGGGGUGAAGGACAACCUUUAAACAUGCAUUGAAGACUUUUUAGUUAGUAGGUCACAAAUUAACCGUCUUGGCUACGAUCAAUAGGCGGAGGUGGAGCUUGAGAGCGUAGUUUCUCAGGACUUCGCUCUUUGUCCUCUCAUCUUCCCUAUACAUUAUGCGGAUUGCACCCGCGUGUUGGAAUGUGACAUCGCAAUAUUUGCUGGCAGCAUAAAGCUCUGAAAAGUUUCUCGCAACGAAUAAGACGAAACAAACUUGCAGGCAAACUUACAUCGACUUGAGCAAUGGUUAAACCACAAACUCUACCGGUCCAAUGUUAGCAAGCGCAGUAUUCCGCGAAACAGUUGAACCAGCACCGUCGCGUCCGGUGAUGUUCACAUUUUGCUCGACAGCAGAGUUAGAGCCAGCACGGUAACUUCCUUGAUAAUUAUUUCAUGUUGAGAGUAGAAUUGUGCAACAUCUACCAGACCAUCAGAAUCAAACAUCGAUACCAAAGCUAAGGACUCAGACAACUCUAGGAGUGUGGAUUUCGGCUUCACUGAAACUGUGCCGAGGCAACAAACUAUCUUACCUUUCCCUACCUGUUCCACAUUCUUGAACUUACUGGUUGUUUAACUGAAUGGAAGGGACACAACUCGACGCGACGCGCUUGGCAUGACUUGGAUUGUCAGGUCGUUUGGCUUUUGAUUGUUAAUUCAUUGAUAAAUCUGGUCUUAUCCUGAUAUUCAUAGUCUGGGCUUUACGGAUCUGUAUUUAGCGCUCGCGAUAGUGGUGACAUUUUGACGUUUGCGCUUAUACCUUUAAUUUGUUGACUUUCCAUUAGCAUACCGUCCGUUUGCCUUCUUUCUUUCUACAAUCAUGACCUCUACCAAUUCCAACGAUGCCAAUCCUUCACUUAGUGGACUUGUUUCUACUCCCCCAGACUUUUGGCAACAUGCGCCCGAGCUUUAUUUUUUCCGUAUCGAGGCGACUUUUCACUCCGCCAAGAUAACGCGUGAAGGCGAAAAGUUUUACAAGUUGGUCGAGGCCUUUCCUCCCACUAUUCUUACCCAAGUGCAGACGUUUCUGAGAGAUCCCCCGACUGAUGCUCCCCAAACCCAGUUUAAGGCUGAACGUCGCCUCACAACAGUCUCCGAUCGGUAGCGUUAUCAAGCGCUGGUAAAAGAGGAAGCACUAGGUGAUUACAAGCCGUCUGAACUCUUGCUUCGUAUGCGUUCUCUUGUUGGGAACGAGAAAAUUGACGACAAGUUUUUUAAAGAGAUGUUCUUAGAACGUCUGCCGACGUCGGUACAAAAAAAUUUGGCCUGUGGCACAGACGACCUGGACAUAUCAAAGCUUGCGGAGAUGGCUGACCGUAGGAUAGUGGUUUAGCGUUUGUCAUCCCCGACGAUUGCUCAGGUGUCCCAGCCUCUCAUCGUGUCCAUCUCUGACUUUGCUGAACUAAAGACACAGAUUGCACAGUUGUCAGCGACCUUUGCCGCUGCGCCGAUCCCCCGGUUCCUCUCGGCGUUCCUUCGGCCGUGACCGUCGUCGUUCCCGCUCUCGUCCCAGGAUCGCAAACCUAUGUUGGUAUCAUGUCAACUAUGGCGAUAAGGCGCGGCGCUGUGUCACACCCUGCUCCUUCACGUCCACGCAGGGAAACUCCUCGGCCGGAGAGUAAAUGCGGCCGAGCUCUCUGGCAACUCCACGUGUCGCACAUUUUAUGUCAGUGAUAACACGAUUGGCAGGAACUUUUUAGUCGACACUGGGGCUCAAAUUACUGUUAUCACUCCCACGCCGGCUGAACGACGUUGCCAAAACCAUGAUCUUCACCUCUAAGCUGUCAUCUGUUCCCCCAUUCCCACUUUUGGCACUUUGAUCCACACCCUGAACAUUGGCCUUCGUCGGUCAUUCCCCUGGAUCUUUGUGAUUGCUGAUGUCCCUCAUGCAAUCCUCGGCUCGGACUUUCUUGCUGAGUUCGAUGUCCUAAUUGAUUGCCGACGUGCCCCUCUCCUCGACCGCACAACCGGUCUGUUUGUUCUUGAACUAACUCCCUUUACUGCCCCCACAAACUUAUCUGUCUUGGAUACGGAUAUUGCUAGACCCUUUCGGCAACUGCUUCUUAGUCAUCCCAACAUGAUUAACCCCUAGUUUCGCAGUGGUGAGGUUCAACAUGAUGCUGUGCACCAUAGCCACACCCCAGGUCAUCCCGUGUUUGCCCGACUGAGUCGACCAGCUCCGGAGCGUUUCCAGGCCGCGAAGGCGGAGUUUGAAAACAUGCUGCAACUGGGAAUAAUUCGACCGUCCGAGAGCCCUUGGGCGUCUCCACCGCACAUGGUACCCAGGGCGAUAUUGGGCGACUGGUUACCCUGUGGCGACUAUCAAGCCCUCACCAACGCUACCAUUCCCGAUCGGUACCCCGUGCCUCAUCUUCACGACUUUGCUGGAGCCCUUUUCAGUAAUGCGGUUUUCUCGAAGAUUGAUCUGGUGCGUGCUUUUCAUCAGAUUCCCGCCCCCCUGGGGACAUCCCUAAAACCGCCGUCACCACAAUCUUCGGUCCCUGCCAGUUCAUCCGCUUGCCGUUUGGUCUUCGUAAUGCGGCCCAAACGUUCCAGAGGUUCAUCGAGCAUGUCUUUCGUGGCCUACCCUUUGUGUACGCCUACAUUGAUGACCUCUUGGUGGCCAGUCGGAAUGAGGAAGAACACAAAGACCAGUUUGCCUCGCAAUGUGCAGUUGGGGAGCUUACCAACCUCCAGCAUCGCCUCCGGCAGGAGGACGACAGCUAA